AUGUCUCUCCGCAUCGCACCCCCGUCCGGCUACUCCAACAGCGUCUCCAACACCACAACCCGUCACACUCGUCCCUCAAAGGGUGCCCCCUCAGCACCCGGUCUCCCUGAUACCCUCCGCAACAAGCUCACUCUCCCCGCCACUGCCCACGCCUCCUCCACCAACAACCCAACCGCCAGUGAGAUCCCCUCUUCCACACACCCGCUCGAGGCCCGCCUGCUCGCCUGGCGCGCAACCCAAGAUGCAAUGAAGAUGGAGUCCCUGCGCCGGGCAUACGGUAUUGCCGAGCCUGUUCGCCGCGGUAUGGAGCUGAAGAUUGUCCGUGAUGGUUCCUUCCGGCCUGCUGUGCUGGGUGGCAUGAAGGGUGGCAACGUCCACGAGGAUAUUUUGUCAAUUGGAGGUCGGGAUACGGAAGUUGCUUGGGAGGAUAUCUUCCACGGUGACGAGUUCCGGGAACCGCCUUCCUUCCACGAUGAGAUGGAGAAGCGGUUGAAGAUGGAGUUCCACUAG